CUGGCGUGGACGAUGGUGUCUCCACUCCAGACGAAGCAGGAUUAACUAUACAAUGAGAUGAGGACCCAAGGAGACCUGGAUUUUCAUCCAUCUCACUAAGAGAUGACUUCCUCUUUAUGCAUCUAACAAGACUCUGGUCGUAAAGGCAAUGAACUUAUCCCUUUCCUUUCCUUGGGAAUUAUUUCCAAAUCAAAGUAUUCAGGAUCAUCAUGGUAUAUAUAGUUGCAGGCCACCAUUUUGGUUGAGCUGGACCUCUGUUCCUCCGGCUUCUUAGCUGACCUCUGCAGAGAUUAUGGGUUGCUGUUGCAGUUUGGACUAUGAGUGGGAUGAGGAUAUUGAAAUCUGCGAGACGUGUCACUACCCCAUUGACCUCGCUGCUAAGAACCAGAGGCUGGCUUUAAAUGGCUCCGAGUUGUACAACCCGCUCUUAUCUCCGGAUUCGGCGCCUCCUCCCAGUUCACCUCUUCAAGAUAAACUGGUGGUCGCAUUGUAUGAUUAUGACUCGACCCAUGAAGGAGACUUGGUGCUCCGGACGGGCGAACAGCUCCGGGUUUUGGAAGAGUCUGGGGAAUGGUGGAAAGCGCAGUCGCUCACAACGGGGAAAGUGGGCUACAUCCCAUGCAACUUCGUCGCGAAGAUGAACAGUCUGGAACAAGAGCCGUGGUUUUUCAAAGCUCUCAGCAGGAAGGAUGCCGAGCGACAGCUCUUGACCGCGGGCAACACACACGGCGCCUUCCUCAUCCGGGAAAGCGAAUCCACCAAAGGUUCCUUCAGCCUCUCCGUACGAGACUUUGACCAGAACCAAGGGGAAGUUGUGAAGCACUACAAGAUCCGCAACAUGGACAACGGCGGCUUCUACAUCUCCCCCCGCAUCACCUUCGACAGCUUGCACAACCUGGUGGAGCAUUAUAUGCGUAACACGGAUGGCCUUUGCACCCGGCUUGGCAAGCCCUGCCAGACCCAGAAGCCACAGAAGCCCUGGUGGCAGGACGAAUGGGAAGUGCCACGCGAAAACCUCAAGCUGGAGGAGAAACUGGGAGCAGGCCAGUUUGGAGAAGUCUGGAAGGGUAUGUAUAAUGGACACACCAAGGUGGCUAUCAAGAGUCUAAAGCAAGGCACCAUGUCUCCCGAAGCCUUCCUCGCCGAAGCCAACCUGAUGAAGAAACUGCGGCACCCGCGGCUGGUGCGGCUAUAUGCUGUGGUGACCCAGAGGCCCAUGUACAUCAUCACCGAAUUCAUGGAAAAAGGCAACUUGGUGGACUUUCUGAAAGGCCCCGAAGGCAGCAAACUGACCAUCUAUAAACUGCUGGACAUGUCAGCUCAGAUAGCAGAAGGGAUGGCCUUCCUUGAGAAGAAGAAUUACAUCCAUCGUGACCUGAGGGCUGCCAACAUCCUGGUUUCGGAGGCGCUCUGCUGCAAGAUUGCCGAUUUUGGCUUGGCUCGGCUUAUCGAGGAUGAUGAAUACACGGCUCAGGAAGGCGCCAAGUUCCCCAUCAAGUGGACAGCUCCGGAGGCCAUUAAUUACGGGACGUUCACCAUCAAAUCCGACGUCUGGUCCUUUGGUGUCCUGCUGACUGAAAUCAUCACCUACGGACGGAUUCCUUAUCCAGGGAUGAGCAACCCAGAAGUCAUCCAAAACCUGGAACGCGGCUAUCGAAUGCCGGCCCCAGAAAACUGUCCUCCGGAGCUCUACAAACUGAUGCUGCUGUGUUGGAAGGACAGCCCUGAGCAGCGGCCGACCUUUGAGUUCCUGAAAGGGGUCUUGGAGGACUUUUUCACCGCCACCGAAGGACAAUACGAGCAGCAGGUCUGAGGAGGAAGACCCUCGGACAAGGACUGCAUGCAAACUAGAAGGAGGAAUCUCCAAGCAUUUUGGUCCCUCCUGAGACAUAUGCAGACAAGGAUCUCCCAAAAAAGAUGCAGGAUGGAGUUGAUACAUCUGGAACUUGUGGGAGACAUGGUCAUUCUGUGACUGGAAGCCUGUUCUCUUAAUCCCAGAUACCUAUGGGAAGACAUUAUUUAGGAGAUAAUAUUAUGGCUUAGAUGUCUUUACACAUUCCUGAAUAGGUUCUAGGAGUUAGGAGACAUUUGAAGACAAGGAUCACCAAAAAAGAUGCAGGAAGGAGUUGAUACAUCUGGAACUUGUGGGAGACGUGGUCAUUCUGUGACUGGAAGCCUGUACUCUUAAUCCCAUAUACGUAUCUAUGGGUAGACAUUAUUUAGGAGAUGCUAUUAUGGCUUAGAUGUCUUUACACAUUCCCGAAUGGGUUCUAGGGUUUAGGAGACAAUGUAAUGGCCAUAUGUCUUUAUACAUUUCUGAACAAGUUCUAGAGUUUGGGAGACAUGAUUGUGGCUCAGAUGUCUUUACAUAUUCCUGAAUGGGUUCUAGGUGUUAUGAGACAUUUGCAGACAAGGAUCGCCCAAAAAAGAUGCAGGAAUGAGUUUAUACAUCUGGAACUUGUGGGAGACACGGUCAUUCUGAGACUGGAAGCCUGUUCUCUUGAUCCCAGAUAUCUAUGGGAAGACAUUAUUUAGGAGAUAAUAUUAUGGCUUAGAUGUCUUUACACAUUCAUGAAUGGGUUCUAGGCUUUAGGAGACAUUGUUAUGUGUCAGGAGUCUUUACACAUUCCUGAACGGGUUCUAGGCUUUAGGAAACAAUAUAAUGGCCAUACUUAUGUCUUAAUACAUUUCUGAUCAAGUUCUAGGUUUCGGGAGACAUAAUGAUGUCUCCCACAAGUUCCAGAUGUAUCAACUCCAUCCUGCGAUCCUUGUCUGCAAAUGUCUCAUAACACCUAGAGACAUUUGAAGACAAGGAUCACCAAAAAAGAUGCAGGAAGGAGUUGAUAUAUCUGGAACUUGUGGUUUUAGGAGACAUUAUUAUGGCUCAGAAGUCUUUACACGUUCUUCAGUUGCCUCUCUCUGGGAAUGUAGGACAUGUCCUGGAAAAGGAGGGCGUCUGCAAUCCUGAGAGACUAGGAUUCGAAUACAAGAUCUGUCAUUUUUGUUUAAAAUUGGGUUGUUAUGGGCAAAGACACACUCUCACAGCCUUAAGUCGAAGGUUGUGGUAAACCUUUCGCAAGCUGAACAACUGUAAGAACAGCAACUCAUCCUUAGAAAAGGUUUUAUUUUUAAUGAGCAAAUUAACUGGAAAAUGUUACACGUUAAAUUAAAAUUACAAAUUACAUGUUAAAA